AUGUCUGAGCAACUCGAGAUACCUCGAGAUUUUGGUCGAGAUUUCAGAGAACUCAUCAUAGAUAUGACAAAACUAAGAGGACCAAACGGCAAAAUAUGGGACGUUGAGGUGGAAGAAAGAACCCUCGAAGGAGAAAACUCACCAGCAGCAGCAGCCAAUGGACACGGACGUGAAGAAGGUGGAUGCCGCCGGAAAACCUUCUUCUUCAAAGAAGGGCGGAGGAAAUCGGUUCGAGAUCAAGAAGUGGAACGCGGUGGCGCUGUGGGCAUGGGAUAUAGUGGUGGACAAUUGCGCGAUUUGCCGGAACCACAUCAUGCAUCUGUGCAUAGAAUGCCAGGCGAACCAGGCCAGCGCCACCAGCGACGAGUGUACGGUGGCUUGGGGGGUCUGCAACCACGCUUUCCACUUCCACUGCAUCAGCCGUUGGCUUAA